UCAUAAAACAAAGAAAAAUAAAAGUGGGGGAGAAAGAACUUGCUAGAAGCAAAAGAAGGAGAAGAAGUUCAUGAGGUAGCACAAGAGAAAUGAGAAGAAGCAGCAGCUUGAUUGAUCUGCAACAACAGGUCUGUCUAUUCAUGUUGGACAUCUAAUUUGGUGAAGGAAAUGGAUUCCAAGCGACUUAAAUUUUCCAGGUUUAAGGAUCAGAGUUCAGAACCAUCUUGGAGUUCUGGGCGGAAUUAUGACUUUGAACAAGGACUAUGUCUAAGAAACUUUAGAACAACAGUUGGCAGAGUUUUGGAGAGUCUUGGGGAAGGAUUUGAGAGGGGUUCCGAGAGGAUUAAAAGCUUCAAAAAACUGAAAAGCAUUCCUUAUGUAGGUGAUCAGCCAAAAAAAGAGGCAGGUCCUCCUCCUAAGACAAUUAUUGAUCCUCAGGGUCAAUUUCUUCAAACUUGGAACAAAGUAUUUGUGCUCUUAUGUGUGAUAUCUGUGGCCUUGGACCCUUUGUUCUUUUACAUCCCAAUGAUCAGUGAGGACAAGAACGGCGAAUACAAAUGCCUUGGUGCAGACAAAAGACUAGCUAUAAUUGCUUGUGUUCUUCGAUCACUCUUUGAUGCCUUUUAUGUAAUUCAUAUAAUCUUUCAGUUCCGUACUGGAUUUAUUGCCCCUUCUUCUCAAGUCUUUGGAAGGGGUGAGACGAUUACUGAUCCGGUGGCUAUAGCAAAAAGAUACUUAUCCACAUACUUCCUCAUUGACAUUCUGUCAAUUCUUCCAUUGCCACAGGUGGUAUCUCUUGUUUUCAUUGCCAAAAGCAAAAGCCGAAUUGUGAAGCGAAGGUUGAAGUUCGUAAUAUUCUCACAAUAUGUGCCUAGAAUUACUCGGCUCUAUCCACUAUACAUGGAAGUAAAAAGAACCUCAGGGAUACUGACUCAGACAGCAUGGGCUGGAGCUGCUUAUAAUCUUUUUCUCUAUAUGCUAGCCAGUCACGUUGUUGGAGCUUUUUGGUACUUGUUUGCCAUUGAACGAGUGGGUGCAUGCUGGCAUACGUACUGUAAUAAUACUGCCGCUUGUGAAGAUUAUCUUUACUGUGAUGAUAGUGAAAAUCUACCGGACUUCAACUUUACAAGUCUAUAUCAGAAUUGCAGUUAUAAAAAACCUGAGGAUAUUGAAAAUCUAACGGACUUCAACUUUGGAAUGUUUACUGAUGCUCUCAAGUCCGGAAUGGUACUAAAGGCAACAAGAUUUAGAGUGAAAUUGUCUUACUGCUUUUGGUGGGGUUUUCGUAAUCUUAGCUCUGCUGGCCAAAACCUUCAAACAAGCACGUUUAUUGGGGAGAUAGUAUUUGCCGUUGGAAUAUCCACCUUUGGGUUGGUUUUAUUUUCGUUACUUAUUGGCAAUAUGCAGAGAUAUCUGCAGUCCACAACAAUGAGAGUAGAAGAAAUGAGAGUGAAAAGGACUGAUGCAGAACAGUGGAUGUCCCACCGCAUGCUCCCUGAGGAAUUAAGGGCACGAGUUAGACGAUACCAACAGUAUAAAUGGCAACUAACUAGAGGUGUCGAAGAAGAGAAUUUACUUCAAAGCCUUCCUAAGGAACUCAAAAGGGACAUAACACGCCAUCUUUGCUUAAAUCUUCUCAAGAGUGUGCCGAUGUUUGAAAAAAUGGAUAGUCAACUGUUUGAUGCACUUUGUGAUCGUCUCAAACCAGUGCUUCACACAGAGAAGAGCUGCAUUAUUCUUGAGGGGGAUCCAGUGGAUGAGAUGCUCUUUAUCAUGCGAGGAACCCUGACCACUAUGACUGGAAAAACAGGUAAUGCUGGUGAUCUGAAGGCCGGUGACUUCUGUGGAGAAGAGCUUUUUGCGUGGGCUUUGAAUCCCCGCUCCUCUACCAGUCUUCCCAUUUCAACAAGAACACUAAUAGCUCAAACAGAGGUUGAAGCCUUUGCUCUAAGGGCUGCUGAUUUGAAGACUGUGGCCUCUCAGUUUCGGCGUCUUCAUAGCAGGCAGUUCCAGCAUAUUUUCAGGUUCUACUCCUUACAAUGGAAGACAUGGGCAUCCCGUCGCAUCCAAGCAGUUUGGCGCAGGUACUAUGAGAGAAAGCUUUAUAAGUCUUUGCAUGAAGCAGAAGACAGAUUGCAAGAUGCUGUGAUAGACGAAGCAGGGACCUCAAAGUUUGAACACAAUGAUGAAUGCAAAGCACCAAAAAGGUUGCUACUACUGCCACAGAAGCCUGAUGAACCUAAUUACAAUGGUGACGAUUAAUAGAGUGGUGUUCCAAGUGAUUAUUAUGUAAUUUUUCUUUUUAACAAAUAAGGUUCACAUGCAAGAGGUUUCUGUGUAUAGCAUGUGUAACAUGUGCUAAGCAAACUUCAGACUUCAUAAUUUAGAACUACUGUUUCACUGUGUGUCA